AUGCCCGUACACGCCAACGACGACCAGGAGAUUGCCCAAGCUACCCCUCGCAAGCGCCAGCGCAUGUCCCUGGACUUGCGCAGGCAGAUUGUUGCAUUGCGCGACGAGGACUUGUGCACCUUUCGCGAGAUUACAGACUAUCUUGAUGUCCCGGUCGCAACCGCGCACAAUGUGUGCACCAAGUUUCGCGAGACUGGUAUCAUAGAGCCUCGUGCCUCCAAGCCGCCCAAUCGGACAGUCGUGACGAGGGAAAUGGAGGAAUUCCUGGCGGAAGAAAUCGACAAGGACUGCGCCGUGACCAACGGCAUGCUGGCCGACAAGUUGCACGAGAAGUUUGAUGUGAAAGUCAACGCGACGACAAUCGGUCGGCAUGUCAAGCGCAUGGGCAUUGAUUUCAAGAUGAUCUAUGAGCAGGUCACUCGCAAAAACUCGAUGGUGGUCAAAAUGAAGCGCCAAGAGUGGUUUCAGGACUUGGCCAAUGCGAACAUUCCCCAAUCGCGCAUCUUCUACGUCGAUGAGUGUGGCUUCAACAUUAACAUGCAUCGCAGCCGUGGGCGUGCUCCGAAGGGCAAGCGCGCGAUCAAGAACGUCGAUUCCAUUCGUGCUCCGAACUGGACACUAAUUUGUGUGAUUGGCGAUACGGGUGUCGUGCACUACGACAUCCACCACGGCCCUGUCAACCAGCAUGUAUUCCAACGGACGAUGGUCAAGUUUAUUCACGUGCUGGAACUUGAGCCACACACUGCCGGCGACUCCUUCCGCGACGACGAAGACCACGGCGCGAGCGACGAUGAGCACGAUAGCGACCAGGCUCCAGAGCAAGAGCUCGAGGAUGAAGGGUCUGCCAAGUAUGUCGAGUUUCACGGGAAGGUUCUGAGCGCAGUGGAGCCAUCACAGAGCGAGCACAACAACAGCAAUCACACCCACCACCACCACAACCACAACAACAACAGCAGCUCGAGUGCUCCAGCGCCCUCCUCUUCUUCUGCCCCUGCACCUCCCAGUACCGGCGCUGGGACAUCGAUGCAGCAUGCUGGACCAUCAGCGCAGCAUGCCGGCACGUUGACGCAGCAUGCCGCAGCCUCAUCCACUUCGGAUCGUGCUGCAGACGGUGUGUCGCUCCAUGCACAGCAACGUACGCAGCCGCGAGAUACUCAUGCGGCGUCGGAACUACUACGACGCCGGCGUGGUCGGCUACCGCGAGGGCACCAUCGCUCAACAGCUUUUACAGACGACAUCCAGGAUGAGGACAACUCUGCCGACGACGUUGGGCAGUGGUCUUCCGCAGCAGCAGCAGCAGCAGCAAGUCACCCAGCAUCCUCCACAGGCACCUCUUCCCUGCGACAUCCAAUGCGGACGCGUCGUCUCCAACAACUUGUGCAGCCGUCAUCCCAAACUUCAGCCCGCGCUGCAGCACCCAGACGCACAUCCACCUACACCUACCCUCCCGCUGUUGAAGCCCUAUGGACGAACGAUGCCGACGACGACGACGAUGAUGAUGAUGACGACGAUGAGGAAGCUUAUCACCCUUCCCAGGCCGAAUGCUUUCAAGACGAGGCGGAGGAAGGCAACGACAACGCAGAUUUGCUGAUCGCAUCGGAAGAGAAGUACGGCCGCUCUUUCCCGCGAGAUGGCAGAACGUACAAGGCGUGGAUUGUGAUGGACAAUGCGAGCUUCCACAAAACAGCCAGCCUGCGCAACUACUUUUGGCGUAGGAACUACCGUCUGCUGUAUCUUCCGCCGUACUCGUCAUUCCUCAACCCGAUUGAAUAUGUUUUUGGCAAGAUUAAAUCUUGCUUCAAGCGCACUCCUCUGAAAAAAGGCGAGAAAGUCCAUCGCCGCAUUGAAGAUGCUGUUCGCCAAGUGUCGGCGCAAAAUUGCAGCCGCUCCAUUGUCCAUGUCAGCAAGUAUGCCUUCCCUUGUGCGCAGCUCGAAGAUAUCAAGGAUUAA